GAUUACAACAAGGAUUUACGCGAGCAUCCCGAUAAUAUUGGAUUAUGGUUACAAUUUAUUCAAUUUCAGGAUACUUAUGCAGAUAAAUUCACUGCUAAUAUUAAGAGAAAGGCUUUAACAGAACGAAAAAUUGCUAUUUAUGAGCGAGCACUCGAAGCAAAUCCUACAUCUAUGGAAUUAAUAUUGGGUCAUAUGCAAUUAUGUGCCGAAGUUUGGGAUAAUGACCAGCUGGAAAAAAGAUGGAAAAAACUAACUUUUACUUACCCUAACCGAUCUAUAAUAUGGAGAUAUUAUCUACUUUAUUCCCAAGCUAGAUUUUCUUCAUUUUCUGCCACUCGUUUGAUUUCCUUAUAUGAUCAAUGCUUAGAUAACUUGUCGAAUAUAAAGGAGGGUAACUUAGUAUCGCAUGGCUGCGAAUCUAAUGCUGAGGAAGGAAUGAUAAAAAUUUUCCUUCAAAAAUGCUCUUUUCUAGCUCAAGUCGGUCACACUGAAAAAGCAAUAGCAUGCUUUCAAGCCUUAAUAGAAUUUAACUGUUUUUGCCCCAAUCAAAUCUGUGACACAUCGACCCUAACAGGACGAGUGGCUUUUUUUGAAACUUUCUGGGAUAGUAAUAUUGCGCGAUUUGGAGAAGUAAACGCUAGCGGAUGGCAUGAAUGGAUGAAAAGUGUUGAAGAAAAGGUCAGUAAUACGGUUAUUACACCUAAUAUCCCUCAAAUAUCUAAUUCAGAUACUGAAGAUGAUGAAAGCGUUGUAAAGGACAAACCAUUAUGGAAAGCUUGGAACAACCUUGAAAAAUAUCGUAGAGGUAAAGGAUGGUUACCGUGGAAGCCGAACCGACUGAAAGGAGAAACCGAAGAUGAUUGUGAAGACGUCGAUCGAUUAGUUUUAUUCGAUGACAUAAAUUCUUGCCUUUUUAUCAUCGCAUCAGAAACGCUAAAAUUAGAAAUCAUUAUUAAAUUCCUCCAAUUUUUAGGAGUGCCGGUAAUGUUACUCGAGGCAUCAUCACUUGAAGAAGACCUACGAUUCGAUCAGCUAACAUAUACUCAUGUAAAUCAAGUGCGGCUAUGCCCAGGCUUUAAAAUGCAAGGUUAUCACGGAUGGACCUUCAUCAAUGCAGAAUCUUUACGAUGGACCGAUAUGGAAGCAUUUAUCUCAAAUAUAUUUGCACAAUCGCUAUCAUUAUUUAGUGCACAUAAUUACACAAGGCUAGCACUGAUAUGGAUAAAUUAUGUUGCUUAUAAAUGCAAAGUAAUCACCUGUAACGGGUUAAUAAGAAGCAACCCAACACAUCAGAAGUCGCAAAUGGUUAAAAAUAAGAACUUCGAAAAAUUUUGCAAAAAUUUUCUUAGACAAUCAUUAAACAGAAGCAAUAUCGAGAUUUGGCUAGCAUAUGCUAGAUUAGAGAUGAUCUUAGGCAACCUUGACUUGGCGAAAAGAAUUCUGGAACAGGUCUUGGACAUGUCAAAAAAGACAAAUUCAAUGGUAUUUCUAACUGCUGUUAUUAAGGCCUAUAUAGAACUGGAAUUAAAUCUAUAUGAUGAAUCCUUAAACUCUGUUAUCACUGAAAACGUCCAAAAUACGGUACUCAAUGUAAUAUCCAUUCUAGCUGAUAAAGCAAAGGAUUUUUCAAAAUCAAUUUCAUCCACUACGUUGUCAUCAACUGAAAUUCUUCGUUGUAAAAAGUAUAUGAAUAACAUUAGGGAUAAUUUAUUUUCAUCUAUAAAUUCAGAAAAUAUUAAUUCAAGUGUAGAAGAAAAAUGUAAACAUAUUAUUAAUCUCACAUUUUGCCAUGCAAUAUUUGAAUAUCUCAUAAACAACCUGGAAUCUGCUUCUAAUGUAUUCGAAUCGACAAUAUCAUCAAUUAAAGAUUCAUUUUUGCAAUUAAAACUAUCACAAAAUAUGUCAGCACUGAAUUUUCUAUUAGAAAAAUUAACCGUUAAUCAAUUACUUCUCUACAAAAUUCAUACUGAUACCACAUAUUGUUCUUAUAAUACGAAGCGCCAAUUUAACAUUGAAGCUCUGAAUAGAUACCCAUACAAUUUGGAUCUUCUAUCUACUUUUGCUAACAAUGAAACGCAAAUGUUUGUUAUGGGACGUAUGAGGCGUUAUUUUGAUAAUGUAAUCAGCCGAAGUUCAUCAUCGUUACCAUGGCUUAUCGCAAUGCAGCAAGAAGAAUUUAGGUUGCAUACCUUUAAUAACCAAUUAAAUCCAACUAAUAAUACGACUAUAACGUCAGAUGGGCUAUCCUCCAUUGAUACUGGCAUUAGUCAUAGAGUGCGAUCCAUCUACGAACGUGCAAUUGUUAGUCCUUGGACUAAACAUUGCAUAGCAAUUUGGAGAGAUUACAUGCGUUAUGAAAUGAGUCAAGGAAACGCUGCAAAUGCCAAAGCAGUCUUUUAUCGAGGACUUCAAAGUUGUCCAUGGGCUAAGGAUAUUUAUAUGGAUGGAGUAUGUUAUUUCCCGGAAGAAUUUCAAAAUAUCGUAGAUAUUAUGGUAGAGAAGGAUAUUAGAAUUCGCACACCUGUCGAAGAAGUAGAAUUACUAAUGGAGAAGCAGUAG